AUGAGUGAGUUUAUUAAUGAAAACCCUGCGAUCUUGGAUGAAAACCUUCUUCCAUCUCGUCCUGAGGAUAAGAAUGACACUAUUUGGGAUGCUCAACUGAACCUGGCCAGUAUUCAACGUCGAAUGCAACUCAUUGACAUUCAUCAAGGAGCAGACUGCAAAGUGUAUCGCAACAUAGAACUUGUGGACAGACUACUGGCUAAAGAGGCGUAUCUCAACGAUGCAGUAGCUCCUGGCCUAACGGAUACCGACACCGAUGAUUCGGAGCUGGAAGAGGCCGAGGAUCCUAUCGACGCCCAGGAAGUAUACGACAUGAUCGCUCAUAUAUCAGAUCCAGAGCAUCCGCUUACGCUGGGCCAGCUAGCUGUAGUAAAUUUGCCAGAUAUCGAUGUCCGCGAGAACAAAGACAAGACCAAAAUUUCCGAAGUUAUCGUCAAAAUAACACCUACCAUAACACAUUGUUCGCUUGCGACUCUCAUAGGGUUGGGAAUCCGUGUCCGCUUGGAGCGGUCGCUUCCUCCGCGUUACAGAAUCACCAUAUUGCUUAAGUCUGGCUCUCACCAGAGCGAAAAUCAGGUAAACAAACAACUAAAUGACAAGGAGAGAGUUGCAGCUGCUUGUGAUAACGACCAGCUGCUCGGAGUGGUUUCAAAGAUGCUCAGUACCUGCAAAUAG